GCUGUCGGUUGUGGUUUUUGAUGAUCAGGAGUUGUUGCCCUGCAGCACUCUACUCGGCUCACCAGUCGUGUAUGACAGUGGAUCGUGUUGUAAUGCGAGUGUGCCAAGGCGGUAGCAUUUUGUGGUUGUGGUAGUAAGGCUGAAUAAUGGGGUGGAGUGUGAGACGAGGUUUGUACCACAUAACAGCAGAUUGUGGUUCAGUCAGACAUGAGGACGCCUCCAUGCCUUGGCCGCUGAGCAGCUAAGGGUCAGCUCUUAUUCCAGCAGUCAUGGCAGACAAAGAGGGGCUGCCCAUUGCCCCAGGGCAGGUCUACAUCGAGGUGGAGUACGACUACGAGUACAAGGCAAAAGACAAGAUGGUGACCAUUCGACAGGGAGAAUGCUACCUGCUGGUGAAGAAGACCAACGAGGACUGGUGGCAGGUGAGGAAGGAGGAGGGCGCCAAGGCUUUUUAUGUGCCGGCACAAUAUGUCAGGGAGGUGCGUCGGGCGCUCUUGCCCCCCCAGAAACCCGCCUUGAGGGCCAAGCCCACGGUUUUGGAUAUAUGCAAGGAGUCCAACGAGAAUUUCAGACCUCACCCYGAAAUGUCCAGCUUUGGUCGCCCGUCGCCUUCUUCCACCCCCUCACCGUCUUCUGACAGAGUCACGCCACCCGUGCUCUCGAAGGACACGAAUCAGAACUUGGGGAGUCCUCACCACUGCAAGCUGGUAGCAGAACUGGUACUGUUCCACAACAACAACAACCAUCAUCACAGCAGCAGUUCCUUCUCGCCUCAAACGCAGGACGAUUCGCCUCCGUUCAAAGUGGGAAGCAACCACAGCAAGAGUCCGGACGGAGACRGGAGCUCCACUCCCAGCGAGAUGCCUGGGGAGGGGUCCGACAAGCUCCGCCACGACUCUGAGUCCGGGGACGAGUUGAGCAGCAGCUCAACAGAGCACAUGCAGACAACGUCGCCCACAGGUCAUGGCCGGUCCGACUCCCCAGUGUACACCAAUCUCCAGGAGCUGAAGAUCUCUCAGUCCAGCCUGCCGCCCAUCCCCUCCGGCUCCCCGCUCCACAUCCUGGGUGACUGGGAGACCCAUAAAGACCUGAGCGGCAGGUAUUUCUACUACAACCGUGCCACAGGGGAGCGGACCUGGAAGCCACCGCGCACCAGAGACACCAGCAGCAGCACCAGCACCAUCAGUGUCCGAGGAGACAGCCAGGGCACAGCAGAGAGUGAGCCACUGUCCUCAGAGGAGAACUGCCACAGRACCCACUCCAGUCAGUCUGACAGUCAGUACGGGUCGCCCCCCAGAGGCUGGUCAGAGGAGCUGGAUGAACACGGGCACACCCUCUACGUGUCUGAACUCACACAGGAGAAGUGGAUAAAACAUGUUGACGAACAAGGCCGACCUUAUUACUACAGUGUUGAUGGCUCCAGAUCAGAAUGGGAGUUGCCAAAGUAUAGUAUUUCCCCUCAGCCUGGCGAAGUCCCGAAGAGUCGCAGUCUGGAGAGGAAGCAGCCGGAUCCCAUCGUCCUCACCAAGUGGAGGCACAGCACCUACGUCUUAGACCUCAACGACAAGGAGUGUGCUUCAGCGCCCAAGCAGAGCUCUCCCGACUCUGACUCCUGCCCCUCAUCACCUAAGCACCCUUCAACUCCCUCUGAGAAGUGUGGAGUCCUAAAUGUAACCAAAAUCACAGAAAAUGGAAAGAAGCUCAGGAAGAACUGGACGUCCUCGUGGACGGUGCUGCAGGGUUUCUCCCUCCUCUUUGCUAAGGGUCAAGGCAGCAGCACCUCUUGGUCAUACUACCACAGUGGCUCCAUCCCAGAGCUGCUCCUCACUCUUCUUAGCAGCUGGAAACGUUCGUACAAGCAUCGUCCAGCUGUGUCCUAUAAGAACUGUCGGCCUGUGCCGGCUACUGCUAAGUUCGGCYGCAAUCAGUCCAAACCCGAGUUCACCGUUGACCUGCGGGGGGCGUCGGUGGAGUGGGCUUCCAAGGAGAAGUCCAGCAAAAAGCACGUGAUUGAGCUGAAGACCCGUCAGGGCACAGAGCUGCUGAUCCAGUCUGAGAUWGACAGCGUUAUCAACGACUGGUACCGGGCCCUGACAGAGACCAUCAGCACACAUGCCUGGGAGUCAGACGAGGCCAUCGAGGAGGACAUGCCUGAGUCUCCUGGUGCUGAGAAACAGGACAAAGAGAAGGACCACCGAGACUCCAAAAAGAGCAGAGUCAUGAAGAACUCUGUCAGCAUGGACUCCUCAGACCAGAAGAAAACCAGGAUGAAGCUGAAGAAGUUCCUGACGAGGCGGCCCACCUAUCAGGCCGUCCGAGACAAAGGAUACAUCAAAGAUCAGGUGUUCGGCUGCAGUCUGACCAGUCUCUGCCAGAGGGAGAACACAUCGGUGCCCAACUUUGUUACAAUGUGCAUCGACCACGUGGAGAACACAGGGCUCAACGUGGACGGUUUGUACAGAGUAAGCGGGAACUUGGCGGUGAUCCAGAAGCUUCGCUUUGCUGUCAAUCAUGAUGAGGCGGUGGAUCUGAGCGACAGUAAGUGGGAGGACAUCCAUGUCACCACCGGUGCUCUGAAGAUGUUCUUCAGGGAACUUCCUGAGCCUCUCUUCACAUACYGCUCCUUCAACGACUUUGUGAACGCCAUCAAAUGCUCAGACUACAAGCAGCGYGUGAAUUUUGUCAAAGACUUGAUCAAGAAGUUGCCAAAACCCAACCACGACACAAUGCAGGCCCUCUUCAAACACCUGAAGAGGGUGACGGAGCACGGAGAGGCCAACCGCAUGACCACCCAGAGCGUCGCCAUCGUGUUCGGACCCACGCUGCUGCGGCCCGAGACCGAGACGGGCAACAUCGCCGUGCACAUGGUCUACCAGAACCAGAUAGUGGAGCUCAUACUGAUCGAGUACGAAAGUGUUUUUGGCAGGUAGAAGAGGACCCGUUGUUGUUUCCCCCACCACGGGAACCGAACUCUGCUGCGGACCAAGCGCGAUGGGAGAAAAGAGCUUUCAUUAACCGUUUACAAAAGCGUUGCACUUAGUUUGAAGAUAUGUUCAGGGGGAAAAAGGAAGAAAAAGUAGCGGAUGGAUCUCCACCCCUCUCCUGUCAGCUGUGGGCCGACCGUGGACAGACUUUCAGAUUGGUGUGAUUUGGUGGGCUUUGAGUGGUUCCACGCGCUGGAUCCUCGUUGGCCAGUGAUACACAGCUGAGCAGGAAUCACCUCUGAGCUGAACCGGCUCUGUUUUCUGUGCUUUGGAUCAAAUAAACCUCCUUAACAAGUCUUUGGGCACUUCCCCUCUUUAACCAGUGUUAGCCAGAACGUCCCCCUGACUUGAACGAGCUGAACAGAACCUCCUCCUCCUCCUCCURSUCCUCUGCCACCUUUGUACAAACUGUGGUGAAGUUCUCAUCAUGCUGCUGGGCCUCAUCCUUGACGUUACUGGAAAACGAGUGGAUUUCUGCGACCUGCAGUGUGAUCAUUUCACACCAAGCUAAUGUUAAAUAGCAUUUAGAGAAGUGGUGCAGCACUUGUUGUGUGUGAGUGUUAGAAUAAAUAAUAAUAAAAAAAAUAGCCUUCAAUCCACACCUGUUGUACAGCGUUAAAAACUAGUUGUUCCUGUAAAARGUUUUCUUGUGACUGAGGUAUGUAUGCUUUGAUGGUGAAAGAUUUUGCUUUUGUACAUUUGAAUUUAAACAUGAAUUUAAAACCGAAUGUGAAGAAAGAAAAAACAGAAAAGAGGGAAAAAAAACGUGAUUGACUGUUAUUUUUGUUUGCAGGUGUGUCUCGGUCAGCUGCACAUUUUGAAUGUAAUUUUCAGCCUAACUGCUGUUUGUGGAAUUGCUCUGUCUAAUAAAAAAGACAAAUGAA